GAGUCAUUAACUUGAUUGAUUCCCUGAAGGAGAUUGUUGAAAAAGACCCAUUAUUAACACCAAGUUUUGUGAACUAUCUUACCAAUAGCCGCUUGAACAAAAUCCUUACAAUUCUUGUUGUUGACAGCUUAUUACGUCAAGUUGACAUUUGGAGUAGCGAGAUGUCAAGUUCUGAGAAAGCCAUAUGGAAAAUGGUUGAAAGUAUGGUUGAAACUGUUUAUCAUACAGCAAACUUGUUUGGUAUUACAAUUAGCGCAGAAGUAACAUUGAAUAUCGUGGAGACAUUGAAUAGUUUACGGAUUCGUACUAUACAUUCAUUAAACGACUGUGUCAAAGAUUCAAUUCUUAUCUCGAAUGCUAAACGACAAACCAACUCCACUAUUUUCCAAUUCGUUGACGACAGCAGAUUCACUUACUUCCUUUGCAGACAAAGACACAAAGUGGCUAACGACACUAUGCUCAAGGUUUUCAACACGGUGACACCUACCCCAGAAUUAUUCCAAUAUGUCGAGACAGAACUUGUUCACGCAAAGUCAAUGGCUGUGGCUGCUAAUUGUAUAACUGAUUUUGCUGCUUUGUCAACCAACUUCAACAAGGUUUCAAAACAUACUCCAGAAAUUACUGCAAAGUUUAUUAAACAAGUUGACUCAAUCUAUCGGCUGGUUAUUAAAUUCAUUUCUUUAAAAUCAUAUGAAAACUUAGAGCGGAGUGCCUAUAGACAGAUUACUCAAGAUUACUAUGAAAUUUGCCAGACAAUUGAUAGUGGCAUUGUUAAUGGAACCAAGGAGACCAUUAUUCAAAAUAGUGACUUGGAACCAUUAUUGUACCGCAAUGAGAAUUUUAGGUUUCAUAUGGAGAAUGAUUCCGAUAUCCCUGAUUGGGUUGAUGAGUUUUACUUUAGAGGGAAUGCAGAGGAAGCAGAAGAAGAAGAAGAAGAAAGUCAAGGCAACACGGAAAUUGAAGAAAGCCUUCCAGAUAUACGUAUGCCAUCGGCCCAUAAGCCUAGAUUCAAGAAACUCGUAAAAAAUUUCUUCAAAGCAAAACUUGGAUUCCACAAAUCUUCUUCCAAACUGCAUUUCUUUCAUUGGAAAUGUAAUGGCUACUAAAAUGCUAUGUAUAUUAAUAAAAAUAUCCUAAUUAUAUGUACAAGAAAAUCUAUUUCUCCCUUAUCUCUCCCUUAUAGAGGAAACGUGUUCUUCAACAACAGUCUUUGGUUCGCUAACAACUGGUUUUGGAGCAACGGUUUUGGUGACAGGUGCCUUUGGCCAUUCUUCAGGUAAGAUACCGGCCUUCUUGAGUAACCAAGAUACUCUAUCACUUGGCUCAGCACCGACACCGAGCCAGUAUAAAGUUCUUUGCAUGUUUAACUCGAUUUCCUUGGUGCUCUUCUCUUGAGAUCCAGGUAUUUUAGGUACUGGAAUUGGAUUAUAAGUACCGAGAACUUCAAUUGGAAGUCUGUCUCUGGCUUUAUAACGUGGAAUCACAACGAUAUUAUAAAAUGGUUGAUGUUUUCUUCCAAAACGGGCCAAUCUUAUACGAUUAGCAUUCUUAGCUAUCUUAGUAGUAGGUCCACUCCACCCUGUCAUUACUGUUGUUUGCUU